UUGUUAGCCGGAGCCGGGGCGGUUCUGGGCUGUGCUGCCCGGGGUGCCCGAGUGCAGAGCCGCCCGCCCCCCGCCGCCUGCCGGCCGGCCGGCCCACACACCCUGCAGCCCCGGGAGCCUCGCGACGGGCCGGGGGACCAGCACGCCCCGGGCUCCCCUCCUUGCACACGGGCUGAGGCGGCAGCGGGGGCGGCGGAGACCGUGACGGGAGAGGCGGCGGCGGCGGCGGCGGGGCCGGCCCAAACACGCAGCCGCCUGCCACCCAUCCCCAUUUGAGUGCUAUGGUCUUGAUUCAUCCUUUCGAAGGGUUUAGAGUGUCAGUGUGACAUACAAACUGUUCUUCAGUAUGAAAGUGAAUUCUGGGUAGCUGCUCUGCAGUAAUGCAGCCUUGUCUCCUGGGCAGUGCUGUUAAUCCUGCUGUACAGUUAGCAACCAGUGAGAUCAUAGUGUGGGAAGUGUCUUUCCUCGUCACAUGUGGGUUUGGCUCUGACAGCAUUUCUCCUGCAGAUCCAUGUCCUUUCAGAACAAUCCUAAUGCUCCUGGCUAGCCGGUGGUGAGCAGCUUUGGGGCCAUCGUGGUUGGCUCCCCAAGGAAGCCUUUUGAAGCCAAUGGAUGCAUUCUCGGGCUCGGGGCUCAAGAGGAAAUUCGAUGAUGUGGAUGUGGGCUCCUCAGUUUCCAACUCAGAUGAUGAGGUCUCCAGCAGUGACAGUGCUGACAGCUGUGACAGCCUCAACCCUCCCACGACCGCCAGCUUCACGCCCACAUCCAUCCUGAAGCGGCAGAAGCAGCUGCGGAGGAAGAAUGUCCGCUUUGACCAGGUGACUGUAUACUACUUUGCCCGGCGCCAGGGUUUCACCAGUGUGCCCAGCCAAGGUGGAAGCUCUUUGGGAAUGGCCCAGCGCCAUAACUCUGUACGCAGCUACACCCUUUGUGAGUUCGCACAGGAACAGGAGGUGAACCAUAGAGAGAUUCUUCGUGAGCACCUGAAGGAGGAGAAGCUUCAUGCCAAGAAAAUGAAGCUGACCAAGAAUGGGACAGUGGAGUCAGUGGAGGCUGAUGGCUUGACACUGGAUGACGUUUCAGAUGAAGACAUCGAUGUGGAAAACGUGGAGGUGGAUGAUUACUUCUUCCUCCAACCCCUGCCCACCAAGAGGCGACGGGCCCUGCUGAGGGCGUCCGGGGUCCACCGGAUUGAUGCCGAAGAGAAGCAAGAACUGAGAGCCAUCCGCCUGUCUCGGGAAGAGUGUGGCUGUGACUGUCGGCUCUACUGUGACCCAGAAGCAUGUGCCUGUAGCCAGGCUGGGAUUAAAUGCCAGGUGGAUCGAAUGUCCUUUCCUUGUGGCUGCUCCAGGGAUGGCUGUGGAAACAUGGCUGGGCGAAUUGAAUUUAAUCCAAUCCGAGUGCGGACUCACUACCUCCACACUAUCAUGAAGCUGGAGCUGGAGAGCAAACGGCAGGUGAGCCGCCCCGCAGCCUCGGAGGACGAGCCCUUGCCUGCUGCUGGCUGCAGCCUGUCUGGAGCCCAGAGCUCCGAGACCCAGGACUUCCAGGAGUUCAUCGCCGAGAACGAGACCGCAGUGAUGCACCUGCAGAGCGCAGAGGAGCUGGAGCGACUCCGGGCGCAGGAGGACCCGAGCGGCCCUAGCGCUAGCUUGGACUCGAGCAUGGAGAGUCUGGGCGUGUGCAUCCUGGAGGAGCCCCUGGCUGUUCCCCAAGAGCUGUGUCCAGGCCUGGCCGCCCCCAUUCUCAUCCAAGCUCAGCUGCCCCCAGGUUCCUCCGUCCUGUGUUUUACUGAGAACUCCGAGCACGCGGCUGCCUCCGCCGUGAGCAGCCCGCCGUCCUACCUGAACAGUGGUCCUCUGGUGUACUACCAGGUGGAGCAGAGGCCAGUCUUGGGAGUGAAAGGAGAGUCUGCUUCAGAAGAGGGCACAGCCUCCUUCCCCAAGGAGAAAGAUCUGAGUGUUUUCUCCCUUCCUGUUACCUCGCUGGUGGCUCGCAGCCCCUCAGACUCAGCCGCCCUCUGCAAACCAGAGGUGGGGAAAACACCCACUGUUGACAAACUAUUGCCUGAUGACUGCAGCCCCAAGGAGCCCGAGAGCGAAGACUUCCACCCCUCGUGGUCUCCCUCAGGCCUGCCCUUCCGAAUGGACAAUGAAGAGGACUGUGGAGGGCAGAACUCCCAGCAGAGUGAGGACCGGACCCCUGAAGACUCUGCCCUAGAGCUCCCUCUGACAGUGUGACCCGAGACAGACACUGCUCAUUCUCUAUUUAUUAUCUAACGCCAUUUCAAAACAAGACUGCUGCUCCCAGGUUAUUUUAUUGAAAAUCUUAGGAAAAUGGGUAGGAAGGGGUUGUUAGCACUUGUAUUUUUAAAGGGAAAGAGACCAGCCUCACUCAGUUUCCAGUACUGAGCUCUCUGGGCCACCGGAACAAAGAUGUCGGUCACACAGUGAGCUGGGUAGCUCAAGUAGCUCUUCUUUAUGCAUGGGGCCAGAACUAAGGAUGAGAGCAGCUAGCUCCCUGCAGGGCAGCUCCUCCUCAUCCAUCUUGGUGUAUCAGUCACACUGUUAGAAAGGCAUCUCGGCUGAGUCUAGAACGGAGGCCACAGAAGAAUCUCUGCUUCUGUACAAAACUCCCAUCCUAAAAAUUGACCCUGCUUUCUCCCACCUCUUAACUGGGAAAGAAGUUAAUUUUCAACGUGUUUUGUGUUCCCUGACCUGCUCUGCAAAUGGGAUUCCUGGUCUGUAACUUGAAUUCUUUCUUUCAUAUGUUCUUAGGUUCUAGAGUUAAACUUCUCUGUCUUUUCCCCAUCUUUUCUCCUUAAAAGAAAAAAAUCCAGGUUGGAUAUGGAUAUGGUACAGAGCAUAAUUCAUCAGGUAGAACAUUCUGGAAGAUGACUGUAUGCUUGCUUUCUCACCUAGUGUGUACACACACACACACACACACACACACACACACACACACACACACACUCACACUCUUUUUGGGAGAGCUUGGCUCUAAAUGGAAUAUAAAGUGUAGUACAAGGUCAUCAGCUAGUUAAGAUUUCUCUAUACAUACCCUUGUGGUCCUUGGUUAUCUAGGGUUAGAGAGCUCUUUGGAUGUUACAGUUCAGUCCCCGAGAACUUCAGGUUUUAUUGGACCCCUCCAUCUUGGAGAUUUAUGAAAACAAAGUCAAACUGAUUCUUAGUAUGUGACAUAGGACUCCCAGAUUCCAAAGGAUUCAAGAUCUGAUUAUAAUCUUUGGAAUCUAUAGACUGGGACUCAGACUCAGCACUUACCUCAGAGUCCUACUCCUCUCCUGUCUUAGUUAAAGGGCACGGAUCCCCAUUCAGCACUGACUUCUUUAUUGGCAAUGUUCCCUCUGCCUCCUGGUUAAAUGGAGGUGGCAAGAGCAAAACACAGUUUUCCUCUAUCGUUCUUUACUAACCAGGAAAGAAAAACAAAACUUACUUUGAUUUUGAGACAGGGUCUCGAUAAAUAGCCCUGGCUGGCCUGGAACUUACUAUGUAGCCCAGGCUGGCCCCCAACCUGCGGCAGUCCUCCUCCUGGUCAUGCAUCCCGAUUGCUGGGUUUGAGGUGCACACCACUUGGCUCAGCUGUAUUUAUUUUUGGUGGGAUAACAAGGCCCUGGUGUCGCGGAGCGAACUUGACUGUGGGUGGCAGCAGAAACAUCUCUAACUCCCCGACCCUAAGCCUGGAGCCCCCUGUAUUUGAUACAGAUCCUGAUUUUGACCCAUUCUGCCACUGCUGUUCAUUUCUGGGUUUGCUUGGUUUUAUUGUUGGAGCUCUUAUGGAAGGAAAUACCUAUCUCUCUCCAGCCUCACAAGAGUUACCUUAAGUACCAGAGGCCAACAUACUCUCACCCUCACCUAGAACUCUCAAACCCAAAACCAAAGCUAAACUGAGACUUUUACUGGUGGAGAGAAGAAUCUUGGAAAGUUUGCUGGAAAGGAGGAUCCGGCACCUUUCCUCCUGAAGACUCCACCUCUGAGCCCCUGGACUUGGACAUUCAUUAAGGAACAUACUAGUCAUUGUCAUAAAGACUAGCCAACCCCAAGAUACUUGGUAUUUCUGUAUAACUCUAGUUUCUUAUUCCUCUUCAUUAAUUCCAUGUUCUCAUUCAAACUGAUCCCAAACUUCUGAGUGCUAACUAUUUAGCAUUGACGAAUGUCAAGGACCUUUUCUACAACUGAGUCCAUCAGAUUUCUGGUGCUAACUGAAAGUGAUAGUUCCUGGUUGCUAGGAAGGCUUGGCCUCUGGUCACAGAAGCAGAACGGUCCCCUCAGGCAGGCCUAGGUGAACUGUGGCCCAUCACCGCAGCUCUCGUGGCCAUGCUGUCUGUCUCCUCGCAUACUGAGCACGGGUCAUGUUCUCAGUGUGAAUCCAAAGCUUGUCUGGCUCUCUGAAAACAACUUCUCCCUCUAGGUUCUUUACAUUGUAAUAAUGCUGUAUUUAAAGAGAAUAUUUAAAUGUAAUAUUAAAGAAAUAUUCAAAAGAAGGGUGUGAUACUAUCUUCACGAGCUGCAGUUACGUGUGGAGAGGAAGGUGCUUCCCUUGCUGUGGCUGUGGGUCUGUCUAGGUCAGUUAGGAACUGAUGUCCGGGGUGGGCUACUGUGAGAGAGAGACGUAGAUUCUUGUGUUCUGAGCACAGAACCUGUCCUGCCUGGGUCGCCUUGGGCACCGCUGCAGCCCCGACAGCCUCUACCUCUUAGACCCUGCUGAACGACGGCUGUUCUAGUGUGUCUGACAGAGAACACUAAACAGCUCCUUUCAAAUUUGCUUUCAUCCCAUCAGAAAACUGGGUCCCAACCAAUUACAUAUCCAUUAGUUAUGUUACAUCAGUCUUAUAAAAAGAAGCCUCAGGAAAAUGAGUAAAGUGAGUAAGUAAUUCCCAAAAACAGGUUUCAGGCAGUCUUUACUUGGUUUAAACAGUGCUUCAUGCAUUUACAGUAAGUUAUCACAGGUGGACACACAACAAACAGCCAAGCCCAGUUUACGGUCUUGAUGUAGAUCUGGUCUCCCAGGGCCAGGCAGUAAGGAGUACCUUACACGAUUUGACCAUGGCCUAAAGAAGGCAGCCACUGCUCCAGAUGCCUCAGGACAACACAGUGGGGAGCAAACAUGGGAGGAAGGUCCUUAGGGCUGUGUGACAGACAGCCUGGGAAUUAAGACACUGGGGGACAGGUGCGGGGAGGGGCCGGGCAGCCGAUCCUCUUCCUUUUCACCUUCUUUAGAAUGUUCCCAUAAACUAAGGAUACUAAAGGAAGAGGGUGGACGGUCCACGUUAGUGACGUGGAAAGUGCUCCUACUUUUGGUCACAUCAAAAAGGACAGGACAGGCCUAGUGGCUCAUGCUGUAAUCCUAGUACCCAGGAAGCUGUGGCAGAGUUUUCAGGAUUGCUAGGAAUUGAAGGCUAGCCUGGGCUAUAGAGUGAGACUCUAUCUCUUUUAAAACGCCAAAAUAAAAGGGGCAGGGAUGAGAAAAGACCGGCAGGGCGUCUGGGUGCAGGCCCAGGUGCAGCACCCCAGUCCAAGCAGCAGUGUUCUUGGCACCCAAAGUCUCCGUGGAAAGGGCUGAGUGUCGAGCACUUGGCCAGCUCCUCACACCUCCCAGAGCACUGGUGCUUCAGCUUGGAUCCCAGCACAAGUAAAGAGGCUGUCCUCAAACAAGGUCUCAGGAAAACCAGC